AUGAACUUCUCGGAGCUAUUUAAGCUCUCCGGCCUGCUCUGCCGCUUCUCUCCCGACGGCAAAUGCCUGGCAUCCUGUGUCCAGUACCGGCUGGUGGUUCGGGAUGCCAGCAGCCUCCAGAUCUUGCAGCUCUACACCUGCCUGGACCAGAUCCAGCACAUAGAGUGGUCAUCAGAUUCCCUCUUCAUCCUGUGUGCCAUGUACAAGCGUGGGAUCGUGCAGGUCUGGUCCCUGGAGCAGCCAGCCUGGCACUGCAAGAUAGAUGAGGGCUCAGCAGGGCUGGUGGCCUCAUGCUGGAGUCCGGAUGGGCGUCACAUUCUCAACACCACCGAGUUCCAUCUGCGCAUCACCGUCUGGUCCCUGUGUACCAAGUCCGUGUCCUACAUCAAGUACCCCAAGGCUUGCCAGCAGGGCAUCGCGUUCAGCAGGGACGGACACUACGUGGCCGUGGCGGAGCGGAGGGACUGCAAGGACUUCAUCAGCAUCUUCGUCUGCACUGACUGGCAGCUGCUGAGGCAUUUUGAUACCGAGACCCAGGACCUGGCUGGCAUCGAGUGGGCUCCGAACGGCUGCGUCCUGGCAGUGUGGGAUGCCUGUCUGGAGUACAAAAUGCUGCUGUACUCCCUCGAUGGGAGGCUGCUCUCCACCUACCGUGCCUACGAAUGGUCCCUGGGCAUCAAAUCAGUUGCCUGGAGUCCCAGCAGUCAGUUCUUGGCAAUUGGCAGCUAUGAUGAGAAGGUGCGCAUCCUGAACCACAUCACGUGGAAGAAGAUCACAGAGUUUGAGCAUCCAGCAGCUGUUGUGAACACCAAAGCUGUUGUGUACAAGGAGGUGGAGAAGUCCCCAGCUGCCGAGAAGCUUCCAUUCCCCCCCCCACGAGCCCUGGCCAGUUCUCUCUUCAGCACACACAGCAAGUAUGACAUCUCCCCAGUGCCAGCCUCUUUACACUGUGUCAAACCAGUUGCUGACAGGGCAAAUCCCAAGAUGGGAAUUGGGAUGCUGGCAUUCAGCCCAGAUAACUGCUUCCUGGCAUCCAAAAAUGAUAACAUCCCUCAUGCUGUCUGGAUCUGGGACAUCCAGAAGCUGAAGCUGUUUGCAGUCCUGGAGCAGCUGUGUCCCAUCCAAUGCUUCCAGUGGGACCCCUGCCAGCCUCGCCUGGCUGUCUGCACAGGGAACAGCAAAGUCUACCUGUGGUCCCCAGCUGGCUGUGUGGCAGUGCAGGUUCCCCUGGAAGGUGACUUCCAGAUCCUGUCCCUCUCCUGGCAUUCCAGUGGAGACUCCCUGGUGCUGCUGAGUAAGGAGAACUUCUGUGUGUGCUACUUGGAAAGGGAAGAGGUGAAAUAA